UACACCUAAAGAUGUUUGUCAACUGCUAUUAAAUCAUGUAGUAGUAGUUGUUCCGCUGUAGGUGCUGGCUUGUCGUUAGUGCUGCGCUUUGCCUUUGAGCUGCUGUCCGUUAACAGACCUGUGUUUUAGUUGUUUGUACACUGCUACCAAGCCAGUUACCUGCCCGCCUUUAGUUCCCUUCUGUAAGGACUUUCCUGCCGUGUUCCUGAGCCUGUACCGAGGCUGCCUGUUGUUGACCUGGUUCCUGUCUUGACCUCUGCUGAGGAGUUGGCCAGUUUGCAUGCAGUAGAGCAGAGAAUGCAGAGGAGCGGCUGGUGAACUACCUGCUGGGGCCAGAGCGCUACAAUAAACUGAUCAGACCAGCUGUCAAUAAGAGCCAGCAGGUCACUGUCUCCAUACAGGUGUCUCUGUCUCAGCUCAUCAGCGUAAAUGAGAGAGAACAAAUAAUGACAACCAACGUGUGGCUGUGUCAGGAGUGGAAUGACCAUAGGCUGAGAUGGGACCCUGAAAAGUAUGAAGGUAUCAAGAAACUACGAAUACCAUCCAAACACAUCUGGCUCCCUGAUAUAGUGCUCUACAACAACGCUGAUGGUGUCUACGAGGUUUCCUUCUAUUGCAACGUUGUGGUCUCCAACACAGGGGACAUCUUCUGGCUCCCUCCGGCCAUCUACAAGUCAGCCUGUGCCAUCGAGGUGCAGAACUUCCCCUUCGACCAGCAGAACUGCACUCUCAGGUUUCGUUCCUGGACCUAUGACCACACAGAAGUGGACCUCAUCCCCACCAGUGACUUUGCAAGCCGUGAUGACUUCACACCCAGUGGAGAGUGGGACAUCGUUUCUCUGCCGGCACGCAAAAACGAGGACCCCAGCGAUAUCACCUACCUGGAUAUCACCUAUGAUUUUGUGAUCAAGAGGAAACCGCUGUUUUACACCAUUAAUCUGAUCAUCCCGUGCGUGCUGAUCACAUCGCUGGCUAUUUUGGUGUUCUACCUGCCAUCAGACUGUGGGGAGAAGAUGACACUGUGCAUUUCAGUGCUGCUGGCGCUCACCGUGUUCCUGCUGCUGAUAUCAAAGAUAGUGCCGCCCACUUCUCUAGCAGUGCCACUUAUAGGUAAAUACUUGAUGUUCACCAUGGUGUUGGUCACUUUCUCCAUUGUAAGCAACGUCUGCGUCCUCAACGUGCACCACCGCUCCCCUUCCACCCACCACAUGCCGAACUGGGUCAAACGUCUCUUCUUAGUCCACCUCCCAACCUUUCUCCUCAUGAGGCACCCAGGCUCAUCUAAUGCCGACCGAAGCGGCACCAGGAAAAACAUUUCCCAGAGUGGCACAGAGAAGAGGCAGUAUUCCAAUAUUAGACUCAGUGGGAUCCGGACAGACACCGUCUACGUCAACGAGGAAUUGGCCCACAAGUUUUGCUGGAAGGUGGGUGACAUUCCGGAUGGGAGUGAUGGGUUUUCAGACUUCCAAAGACCUUCGGCUGUUCGGUGGGACAUGGAUUUGGUGGAAGCAGUAAAUGGAGUGAGACACAUUGCUGAACAUAUGAAGACUGAAGAUGGCGAUGAAGGGGUCAUAGAAGACUGGAAGUAUGUAGCCAUGGUGAUCGAUCGUCUGUUCCUGUGGAUUUUCAUCCUGGUGUGUGUGGUGGGAACACUGGGGCUCUUCAUGCAGCCGCUGUUCCAAAGCUAUACCACACCCACUGCUGAUGACACUGAGUUUGGGUAAUUUUAGGAGUUCUUUGAAAUCAGACAGGAAACUGUGGAAAAUGUGUCUCUCACAGACACUUUAACAAGCAGUGGCAGGUCUGGCUCUGUUCUAUCUCUGCUGGAUGGACGUGGCUGACAACCAGCCUAAUCAGUGGACUUAUAACAAAACUUUUUUUUAACUCUAUCCACACUCCACCAUCAUCACAGGCGUGACAACGGGAUGUACUUUUUACAACUCAAAAUUUGUGAAAUUUAGUCAAGAUGGCAAGAAUAGUGUCCAGGUACAGUUUUUCUUUCACACAGCAUCCAGAAGAGUUGCAGACUGUUACUCACUGUCUUUAACUUUCACAUUGUAAAGAACAACCAAGAACCACAAAACUGGUGAAAAAUACUGGUAAUUUAUUUCCUUUUAUAAAAAUAUUACUGCACCACCUCUCUCUGACUGGUUUCCUUGUUCUGCUUCAGAGCCCUGUGCCCCAUCUCCACCAUCCAUUUCCCAAGCAGUGUUGCAGCCUUUGCUGUAUUGUCUUACUCUGAAGAUUUUGUAUUCUGCUCUUCUUUUCUCUUUACUUCUGCUUCUCAUUUGCUUGGUUAUUCUCAUUUUUAUUCCUGUUUGUGCCACAGUAUCACAAGUCCUGUUAGAAAAUCUCAAGAAUGCUUAAAGAAAGCUUAAUGAUGACAAGCACAUAAAUGUGGAAAGAAGCCUUGAAAAGACACUUUUUAAAAAUCUAACUGUGCAGUAUAGACACACACAAUUUAAUUAUUCAUCACUAUAUGAAAAGAUGAACUGCACUUUCAUUUAUACUUCUCUGCCCAACAGCUCAUUCCAUCCCUCACUUUCACAACUGCCUUAAACUGUUGUUGAAUAUUCUGAUGUCUGACUAUUCAAGACAUAAGCAAACUGUAGCAGCAUAUUAUAACAAUUUGUACUGCACGUUGAAUAAAAAGCAGUGACGUUUGGUCAGUUUUGGCAUUGUGACAUGUUACUGUAGGAAAGUCACGGGAAAAUAAUAUUAACCAUGGAUGAAUUCCAGUUCACUGCUACAAUUUCAGGUUCUUGAUGUACUGCUUAACAUUUUCACAACCUGUAGGCUCGUCAUCCCU